AAAGACCCCUCAUCCAUAUUGUUCCCUUCAUAUGCCAGUGCCACUCACACUACUUACUACUCACUACUCACUACUCACUAUUUCUCACUAUUUCUCACUACUUACUCACUACCGACACACAUUCUUUCUCAAACACCAAUUGUAAGAAAUCGUUGAAGAGAAAGCUUUGAGCUUCCAUUUUGUGUCUUUGUUCCCCUGAAAGAAUUACAAGAAUCAAGUUACAAAAAGAGAAAGAGAAAUUACUUCACAUAUUAUUUUUAUUAAAUAAUGAUGCGAAAUUUUGCUAUCAAUAUCAUACAUUUUUAAAGAUUCCCGCUUCCCCCUCCCUCUUCCCCCGAUACGAAACAGUGCGACGAUACUGUACCUAUCUAUCUACCUAUCUGUCUACCUAUCUUAUCUACAAAACCUACACAUCCCGUUAACCAUUAUCGCUCUUAUUUGACUUGGUAAUGGUCGAUUCUACAUUAACGAUGCCUCCUCGUUCUUCGUUGACAUCGUCAUUUUCGGUUUCAGAUGCAAAUAAUGAAGUUGUUUGUCCAUUGAGAAAUCAAGACGGCUCCAGUUGUCGCAAACGUUGCCUCGGCGUGAGUGCCUCUACUCUGCUGUAUCUGCUGUACCCCUUUGGAAGUUAUUUUCCUUUUGUACGGUUCAAUCCGUGGUAACAAGCGAGUGAGAUGGACAGGAAAAACGAUAUCGAUCCAUGCAAGAGCACAUUAGAAGAGCUCAUCCAGAACAUUACAUCUCAAAGCUUCCUGCGACCGAAGAAAGCUUCCAACUUAUGAUCGAUACCCCGCCCUCUGAGCGACCACCACCACCACCACCAACAACCACCAACUCUUCUCAAGCUUCAAAUAGUCUGUAGAAAUAGUUGAUCAUAUUUCUUUACUCUUUGCUGAUAUUGUGUACAUAGGCUUUACACAUGAAAGACCGAAUUAUUAUGGCGAUCAUUCGAAUCAUUCGAGUACUCCGAAUACCCCCAGAAUCUUGGACGAUAGCUCAAUGCUUCCAGCCGCUAGCGCUGCAGCAGCUUUAGCACAGCUACACAAUCAUAAAUUGGAUAAUGGAUGGGAAUCGGAACCGGUAGGUUGCUUUUCUAGCUUGAUUUAUCGAAAAUGAGUGGAUGGCUAAUUAUUUAUUUUAGGAUUGGAUGUCUGAUAAUGAAGCUCAUAAACAAGCAAUGCGAGCUUCUAUUGAGCUUCCUCCAAUUCAUUCCAACAAACUCGAGCCAACUAGCGAUCCAUUCUCUCAUUUCAAUGUUCAUCGCCGCAGAGAUCUUCUCCCUUCGAUAUUAUCGCCACCAGGACGAUCAUCUACUCUUCCUCCACUUCAAAGAAAUCCAAGCACGGGUCGUCCUCGAAAACAAUCAGUGUCAAAGCGUGCUCGAGAGCCACAACAUAGGAGGCAGAAAUCUCGUGGUGAACAUGCUCAUCUGCGACGCUUAAGUCAUGAUCGUAAAGCUCAAUCUGCUGAACCCUCAUUUUAUGGAAAACGAUGGGAAGAUUUGAUUGAUGCAGCAACAUCAGCCACAGAAGAUGCAGAUGAUGAUAGAACAACGGUUUGUACAUUGUACAUAUAGAGAAGUUUCAAUAACAUACUAACGGGAAUGCAGAUCCCUCCAUCCCCAGUUUCAGUCAAUCGUGCAUCAAUGCCCCCCUUUUCUGCACCACAAUUUCAAGGAUAUCAGGCUUCACCUUUACAACAAGCACUCACUCCACCAUCUUAUUUGGCUGAAGCUCCAGAACCUUUUCCAUCAGUGGAAAGUGGUGGAAGUGGUGAUAAUUUCAAUAUUGGUUCACAAGCGCUUUCAAAUUCAUCACCAAGCUUCUCGGCAAUAAAUAUACAAAUUUAUUGUGCUGCUUGUCAGAACGUUUCUUUCUUGAAAGAAUCUUACGCUUGUACAGAAUGUAUAUGUGGUUUAUGCCAACCAUGUGUUGAAGUCCUCAUGGCGGAGCAAGGGGCACGUAGAAAAUGUCCAAGAUGUGCGACCAUAGGGGGAAGGUUUAAACCUUUUCAAUUGGAUAUUCGUUAAGUUAUUGGAUGAAAUCAUAGGGUCUAAACAAUUUGGUAAGAAGGAGUUGGUCAUUUGGUUAUUAUGGGUCAACAUAGACUGGAUUGGAACUUUUGGGUGAGGAUAUGGCGUCUUGAUUAUUCCCAGGGAACUGAGGGUUACAAGACCACUCUAGUUAUGAUUUUGGGUAUAGGUUGCAUUGCGAAAUUGUCUUUUGGUAUUCUCUUACAAACAUGUUUCAGUUUGAGGCAUGCAUUUGUUUAGCUGAUGUUUAUAGUCGUAUCCAAGAAAGAUUUCAUCUAAUGUCAUGGAAAGUUGUUUAGGGGAUUAGCAUCAAUCACUUCAGCCAUUGACAUAAUUGGUGAGUCUUAACCGAGCUGUUGGAUGAUGUCGUUCAAGGGUUGUUUUCCUCGUAACAAUCCGAAGCUUAGGAAAGCCUUGAACACGGGUGUUUACUGCAAAGUCGUACAAUUGGUGAGUUCUGUGUGAUAGUGGUGGUUCCUGCCGUGUCUACAGCCAGU